GCAGGAUUUUGAUUUUCUUUUUGUCUACCAAACGACGUCCCUCAGUUUCCUCUCUCAAAUGGCGAAAACCGCAACUCUUUAUCUGUCUUCGUUCAGAAGUUAUUAAAACAGUUUGUCUUGGUCCCGUAUUCUGAAAAGCGUAAUAGAGCUGUUUAUAGCCGCAAUGUCUUAAUAAAUAAAUAAACAGACGACUUCUCGUGUAUAAGCAUAGCUUGUAUGAUUGUUACGAACGUCGAGAACCAAAACCUUCUAUGAUGAAUAAACGAAGAUAUACUCUCAACAAAAGAUUUGACUCUUUAAUUCAAUUUUAGACGAGAUGUGUUCUGUACAACAACAUGAUAAAAUCACUAUUAUUUGAUUGUUUCACAUUUAUCCUCAUUGUUUCGGUGACAAUACACUAUUUACAAAGUAAAUAAUUCUUCUUACAUUCUUUUUCACCUAAAUAUUUCAACAUUUAAAAUUCUCGUUUUAGAACAUCAAAUAUAUGCCUUAUCAUCGUCGUACAAUAAUAGUAGUGUGGAAAUAAUGCAUGUUACUUGUGGUACUGAUUUAUCGUGGUAUAGAAAAAAUACUAAUCAUAGUCGUCCAUCGUAUAUUUCUAUUGGUGACAUCUUAUUUCGUGAAUAUGCCGAACGAGGACGUUUUUAUUUAACAUCAACAAAAUCUUUAUCACCAGAAUGUUCACUAAAUAAUAACAAUGAUGAACGGAACGUAUGUUCUGUGCUAUCAAUCACUAAUAUUAUGCAUGAAGAUCAUGGUGUUUACACUUGUAAACACUCAAAUUCACAAAUAAGAAGAACAGUAAAAUUAAUUGUGAAUUCUCAACCGUAUGUUCAUCCGAAACAUAUUAUUGUGUAUCCUGUUAAUCGCACAUUUUCUCUGACAUGUUCGCUGUUAUGUGAACAAAGUAAAGAUAAUAUUGGUACAUUAUUACCUAUGCAUUGGUUAUUUAAUGGACAAUUAGUACAUAAUAUUCUGCCAAAUGAUCACAUAAACAUUGAAUUAUUAAGUUAUAAUACACAACGUUUAACAGUCUACUUGAAUGGACAAAAACGUACACGUACAAUUGAUGAUAAAAUAACUGGAAAUUAUACAUGUCAAUAUAAAACAUCACAAACAACUGUACAUGUGCAACGAAGAACAAGUAUUAAAGCCUCCAAAGAUCUCUCAUUGCGAAAACAAUCAUUGAUUCCUCCAUUACUGACUGACGGUGGUCGAUAG